UAUAGGCAUAAUCUGCAACUUGAUCAUCAGCACCAUGGCGAGUGGUGGGGAGGUGAAACUCUUUGGAAUGUGGGCGAGUCCUGCAGUUCGUCGAGUCGAAUGGGCCUUGAAGCUGAAGGGGAUCGAGUAUGAGUACAUCGAAGAAGACAUCUCGAACAAGAGCAAAGAUCUUGUCAAGUAUAAUCCAAUCAACAAGCAAGUCCCUGUGCUCCUCCAUAAUGGAAAGCCGAUCAUCGAAUCGCUUGUCAUCAUCGAAUAUAUUGAUGAGGUUUGGAAGCAUAACCCCAUCUUACCAAAGGAUCCUUAUGAACGUGCCAUGGCACGCUUCUGGGCCACAUAUAGUGAAGACAAGUGUCGGGGCGCAGUGAGAGAAGUCUUCUUUGCAGAAGGAGAGAAGCGUGUGAAAGCUAUCAAAUGUUUGGAGGAGACUCUGAGAGCACUUGAUGAGGAGCUUAAGGGGAAGAAGUUCUUUGGCGGAGAGAAUAUUGGAUUCUCGGACUUGGUUUUGGGGUGGAUGGCCUUCUGGUUAGGGGUGUCAGAGGAGGUUGCUUCCUUUGAGGUGUUGGAUCCUAAGAAGUUCCCAUGGUUUACUUCAUGGAUUGAUAACUUCCUCAAAGUUCCUGUGAUCAAAGAGAACCUUCCACCUCGUGACAAGACGGUAGAGUUUUUUCACAGCUAUCGCCGGCUUCACUUGGCUGCACCAAAAUGUUAGGCUGGCCUCCCUACUUAGCCAUGCAUGAGUUGAAUUAUUCUGGAUAUGCCAUCCAAUAUGAGAUAUAUGAUCUCAAUUCGAAUAGUCGUAAGUGGCUUAUGGGCAUGUUUGGAUGCUUUCUUGUGUGCACGUCAAGAUAGAGUAAACCGAAGAAUCCAAGUAAAUAAAGAGAUGAUUGAUUGAAGCAACCUAAAUUAUAUGGCACUUCUAUUAGAAUUUAUUAUCCAAUAAGUCAUAAAUAAUAUAAGCCACACCCUCUGUCGACCUGACGUACGUAUU